GAAGCGGCGCGGCGCGGCGCGGCGGGCGCGGCGGGCGCGGCGCAGUCGGACGGCGGCCGGCGGCCGAGCGGGAGGAUGUGGGCUGCGCGCGGGCUGGCGGUGGCGGUGGCGCUGGCUCUGAGCGUGCUGCCUGGCGGCCGGGCGCUGCGACCCGGCGACUGCGAAGUUUGCGUCUCCUACCUGGGCAGGUUCUACCAGGCCCUCAGGGACGGAGAUGUCGCCUUCACGCCGGCCGCCAUUGAGACGGAGCUGGUGACGUUCUGCCGGGACGCGCGGGGCAAGGAGAACCGCCUGUGCUACUACAUCGGCGCCACCGAGGACGCGGCUACCAAGAUCAUCAAUGAGGUGGCGAAGCCCCUGGCCCACCACAUCCCUGUGGAGAAGAUCUGCGAGAAGCUCAAGAAGAAGGACAGCCAGAUCUGUGAGCUGAAGUAUGACAAACAGAUCGACUUGAGCACAGUGGACCUGAAGAAACUCCGAGUUAAAGAACUCAAGAAGAUUCUGGAUGACUGGGGAGAGUCGUGUAAAGGCUGUGCAGAGAAGUCUGACUACAUCCGGAAGAUCAAUGAACUGAUGCCUAAAUAUGCUCCCAAGGCAGCCAGUUCUCGGACUGAUUUGUAAUCUGUCUGACCCCUGCCGCACCUGAGGGGGAACAGACAGCUCUUCUUUUGAAAACAGCCUUUUGUAAUUUAUUUUUUAGGUGGGCUCCUGACGAUGUCAGGUGUGAAGCCUGGAGUUUUCCUGAUGAUACUGGCUCCACAGUGCCCCCAUGGGGGGAUUUGCUUGUUCUGUUGCUGGUUUACUCUAGGACUUCAAAGUGUGUCUGGGAUUUUUUUUAUUAAAGGAAGAAAAAUUUUA